GCAGGGCGGCGAAUAUAACUAUUUCAUAAGCACGUGCAGCUUCCAAGAUGGCAACCUUACGACGCCAAGUGAAGAACAUCGUUCACAACUACACUUAUGCCGAAGUGAAAGUGCGGGAGGCCACCUCAAACGACCCCUGGGGUCCUUCUGCUACCCUCAUGUCCGAAAUAGCUCAAAUGACUUACAGUGCAGAAAUGCACCCUGAGGUCAUGAUGAUGGUCUGGAGGAGGCUGAACGACAGCGGAAAGAACUGGCGCCAUGUGUAUAAAGGUCUGACCCUGCUGGACUACUUGAUCAAAAAUGGAUCAAACAAGGUGGUCCAGGAGUGUCAGGAAAAUGUCAUCGCUGUACAGACUCUGAAAGACUUUCAGUUCUUUGACCGUGAUGGGAGGGACCAGGGGAUUAGCGUGAGGGAGAAGGCCAAGGUGAUCGUAGCUUUGCUGAAAGAUGAAGAAAAGCUUAAACAAGAGAGGACCCAGGCUCAGACUACAAGGAGAAGGAUGUCACAAGUAACUUCAGCCCUUGACAGCAGGCACAGGAUACGCUACAAUGAAGCUUCAGAUAGCUCAGAACCUUCCACGGCCACGGAACUGGAACAAGCUAGACCUCAGAGUACAGGAGAAGAGGAGCUCCAGCUCCAGCUUGCCCUUGCUAUGAGCAGAGAAGAAGCUGAAAAGAGAAAAGAACCUUCAGCUCCUGAUCACGAGGAAGAACUACAAUUACAAGCAGCUUUGAAUAAAAGUAAAGAGGAAUAUGAAAUGGAGAUGAGGUCACAUCAAGGAGAGAUAUCAAUAAUUGAGAAGGCUCUGAAAGAGACACAGCUGUCAGCGGAGAGAGGGGAGCCAGAAACCGAGAAGGAGACGCACAUGUCGGAUCUGAUUGAUAUAUUUGGCCCACCUCAGUCAAUUCCUUCAAACACCUGGGAUUCCCACCAUGCCAGCUUUUUCCCAUCAGCAAAUACAAUCUCUUUGUUUCCAGCCUGGGGACCAACAACACCCCAGUUGCGCCAGGCGGAUCACGCGGUUUCCCACCGGGAUUUUGCCGUGCAAUUGGACACGGCUAACAAAGCCGUGUGUCGCAAAAAAAGGUGCGUUCCAGUGCCUUCUAGAGCAUUUACAUGCAUUCUGACCUUUGUGAUCAUUCAUACAGAUCAGAAUUCUAGUACAAGUUCCCCUUCCUUGCCUUGGGAUACUCCUCACAGCACUCAGUUAAAGGCGGAUAAUGCAAGUCAGAGCAUCAUUUUCAGCUGCGAUUCGCCGUCAGGCUGGGAGGCGCCUCCUGUAUCCAGAAGCCUUCCGUCCGAUCCGUGGGGUGACCGGCAGAGAGGUCCAAAUGAAGCCAGGUAUGAUAUAUUUGUACCACCUCCGACCACCAAGGACACCCAAUCACCAUCUUCCAUCAAGACAGACAACUCUUUGGAGCUGGACUUUUUUGGAGACUCUGAACACACUGCUAAACCAGCCACGGAUAGUCCGGAUCUAAACGCUGAGGAUCUUCAACUUGAUUCUAAACCUCGCUGUAACACUCCUGAGUCCUUCCUGGAACCAGCUGCCCGGACCCUGAUCAACCUAGAAAGCCUGGUCUCUUACAGCUCUGCUGUCAAAACCAAAAACCCUUUUGUAUCUGGUGUCAGUGCUUCACCAGCCGCCAACCCAUUCCAGCAUGGAGACCUGAGGCCUUCUCUGAACCAAAUGAGGGCUGCCUCUCCUGUACCGAUCGCUACUGCAACACUGCCAUCCAUGCCAAUGCCUGGUCUUAUGCCAACCACCACAAUGGACGCUGGAAUUAAUCAUUUAAGGACCCUACCACCAAUGCCUUUAUUUCCAGUGCCAACCAGCCUCCCGAUGCCACUACAGUCUUUUCCUGCUACCUUCCCUCUUCACCCUGCAAUGGGUUACCCCUAUGCCCAACUUCCUGUGACCUUGCCUCAACAAAUAGUUCCAGCUGCCUCCUCUCCACAGGCUGGAAACAAUCCUUUCCUCUGA